UAAAUUGUGGAUAGUAAUAACAAUUAUUAAUAAACACGUUUGUCCUGCUGAUAUUUUAAGAAAAAUCGUUUUCCAUGAGCUAGUACCAACGUAAAAAAGCUCGAAAAAAGCAAUUAUUGGGCAUCUUUCCCAGAAGAACAGAGCCAGAAGUUCGCGCGUGCAAGAAAUGGCAUAUGAGGCAAAAUGAAAUACGUGACGCUGCAAAACGUUAUUAUGAAACUUCAGCUUUACACUUUAACACUGAUAUUGGUAUCAAGCGGCAUCAAUGCAGUACCGAACGAUACCAAAGGAGUUGAGAAUGAUGCUGACACUCAUUUGAGUAGAUUUAUAGCGGAUUUAUGGCUUGAAGGGUCGGAUAUUGUUCGGAUCAUAUGGAGGGAUUGUUCUAAAAAGCUGGUAGACGUGAAAGAUAUAAUAGAUCACAAGGAGUACUACCCGAAGUUCGUGAGGUGCAUGAAAAGGAAAACAUUAAGGGCCCUGGACCGCUGCCUGAGCCCGGACGUGGUGCCCUUGGCUGACGGUGUCAAUCUAGUGCGAUUCGAACUGGUCGACCAUUCGGGGAACGUCCUGCAUGACAAUGAGACCAGCUCUUGGACUGAAAAAGAAUUAGAAGAAGGAGAAUGGAGAAAUUUAGCUUUGCAAAGAAUGGCUAAAGUUCUUCGCACGCAUGUUAUUAAAUUCGACUUUGAAGAAGACGACGUUGUCGACAAAGUGGAGUAUCGAGGACGUCGACGCCACCAUAUGAUGACGAUGAUGAUGUUUGGAAUAGUUUCCAUCGGCAUGGUCCUUAUUCCCAUGGGAUUCCAAUUCUUGGCAGUUUUGGGAGGCAAAGCACUCCUGUUAGCCAAAAUGGCUCUCAUACUCGCUUCCAUACAAGGCCUUAAAAAGGUAGACCUUUAUGACGGGUUUCUUGAGAGAGGGAAGAUUGCUACAAGUCCGUUAAGCUACGGGUUCUACAAUACAUACCCUUAUGACCAUUUCGAAAGAAGUCGCAACUGGCCGCUAUCACAAGUCGCACCACGUUCUACAAAUGCACAUAAUGCAUUUACUGAAGCCGAUAGAACAAAUGUAGCAGAACCUGUAUUUGGAAACAGUAUUAAAAAUAAAAGAGAAACUAAAAGGAACAUCAACGUUAAAUCCGUCAAACAGGAAGAUAGACAAUUCCCAGUCUAUACGGAAGCUAUAAACCUACCACAUCCAUCAAUAUUCACUGUAGUAGAUGCCCCAUCACCUUUAGUGGAUUUGACGACCAGGCCAGGGGAAGUUCAAGCUGAUUAUUCUCUAGAUUUGCCGUACAAUGGGUUUCGCUUUCAAGGUUCCAAUCCUGUCGUUCCAGCUUGAUGUAUUUUCCAAACUUUUUCAAGCAUUAUUUGACGUAGUUACUAGAAUUAUUUCAUAUUUUUCUCAAGUGUUGUAUCCAAGCAGACCUGUGCUGUAUAACAUUUAUUGACAACUAGCUGAUGCCCGCGACUUCGUUCGCGUGGAUGUAGGUUUUUUAAAAUUUCCGUGGGAACUCUUUGA